AAAUCCAGUCGGCUUUUCGGGGCUAUUUGGCAAGGAGGGCACUUAGGGCACUAAAAGCGUUAGUAAAGCUUCAAGCUUUGGUGAGAGGUCACAUUGUGAGAAAGCAAAUGGCUGACAUGCUACGGCGGAUGCAGACACUGGUUAGAUUGCAGACCCGAGCUCGUGCUGGUCGCUCAAACUUAUCCGAUUCGGUGCAUUCUACCAGAAAGUCCUCACUCGCUCAUGUACAUAGAUGUGGUUCCAAUGCAAACUUGAAGGAUGGCACUGUUAUUGAUAGACCGCAAGUCGGGUCGAGUUGGUUAGACCGUUGGAUGGAAGAAAACUUGUGGAAUAAUCGAGAUAUGCCACUCAAAAAUAUUCAUGCUGAAGAUGAGAAAAUUGACAAAAUCCUUGAAGUAGAUACAUGGAAACCUCAUUUGAAGUCCCAACAAGGCAACAUCAGCGGCUUUAAGAAUUCUCAAAUGGCUCCAGAUUUCAAAAAUCAGAGCUUUAUUACAGUCGACUCCCCAUUGAAACACUCGUCAAAGGCUGCAAAUCCAAUGUCAAGUCUUUCAUCGGGUGAAGCAUCCUUGAGCUCUUUAAAAUUCCCUGUUGGAAAAUAUGAAGCAGCUCCAAGAACAGCAGAAAAUAGUCCGCAAGUGCAUUCUGCCUCAUCCAGGCGCGGAAAUAGCGCAAGGAGAGCUACCUUGUCGCCAACAAGAAGCGAGUACGCAUGGGGAUAUUUUAGCGGCUAUGCAGGCUAUCCAAACUAUAUGGCUAACACAGAGUCGUCGAAAGCAAAAGUCAGAUCGCAAAGUGCCCCGAAACAGAGGGUCGAGUUUGAGAAAUAUGGAUCGAACAAGUGGUAUGCUCAGGGAUCUUGGGAUGCAGGGAGCUUUUCUAACAACGGUAUCUCCCAUGAACCCAACUCAUCAAACAAUGUCAAUUCUGUAGCUGGCCGCAUGGCUAAGUUUGCAAGUACCAAAUCAAGAUGAUCUUUGUUUGUUUUGUAACUUUCCUUCCAUCUUUUUUUUUUUGGUUUAUGUUGUGUGUGUGCGUGUGCCUUUCUUUAUUCAGUAGCACUGUAAUUGUUGUAAUUAUUUGACCACUUCUGAUGUUUAGUCUACAACUUGUUGACCACAAAUAGACAAUACUUCCAUGUUUCGAGUGCUAGCCAAUGACUUUGAAAUUUUAAUUGUACGCCAAUAUGACCAUUCAUCAA